UACCCUUCAGGGCCACGUGGUGGCAGCACAUGCACAAGAACCCGUGGGGUGUGUGGGUGUUCUCUGUGCUGUUAUUUUUAACUCUGAAAUCUUUCCAAGUCCCCCAUCGCGUCCCUCAGAAUUCACCUGCCUCCUUCCACAGGCAUCAGUUGGAACAGUGGCUUGUUGGAAAGACGGACGGGAACCCUGUUAAAAGGAGUGAUGUUCCGGCUUUAGCUACCCCACUGCCGCCGCCGCUGCUCAAAAUGAUGUCCGGACUGCCGGAGGCGCUGAGCCGGCUGAGGGCGAACUCUCUGCGCAGCUGCUUCAGCCUGGCGGGGCCCUCGGAGUCCACCAUGGUGGCCGUGCCCAUCGACAUCGAUAAGGACGAGGUCCGGAUCCUCAAGGUCUGCUUCCACAGCAACAGCUUCAACAUGGGGAAGAACUUCAAGCUGGUCAAAUGUACCGUCAUGACCGAGAUCAGGGAAGUGAUCAAGUCGAUCCUACAGAGCGGGAGGAUCGGUCCGGACAUCCAGCUCGCCGAGUGCUACGGAUUACGCCUGAAGCACGUGAAAUCGGACGAGAUCCACUGGCUCCACCCGGACCUGACAGUGGGGGAAGUCCAGGACAAGUAUGAGUGUCUGCACAUCGAAGCCGAGUGGAGGUACGACCUCCAGAUCCGCUACCUCCCGGAGGACUACGUAGAACGCUUCCAAGAGGACCGGACGACGCUCCUGUAUUUCUACCAGCAGCUCCGGAGUGAGUACAUGCAGCUGUAUGCCAGCAAAGUGAGUGAGGGCAUGGCCCUUCAGCUGGGCUGCCUGGAGCUCAGGAGGUUCUACAAGGACAUGCCUCACAAUGCUCUGGACAAGAAAUCCAACUUUGAGUUCCUAGAGAAGGAAGUGGGUCUUGAUCUGUUCUUCCCAAGGCAGAUGCAGGAGAAUCUGAAGCCCAAGCAGUUCCGCAAGAUGAUCCAACAGACUUUCCAGCAGUACGCACUCCUGCGGGAAGACGAGUGCAUCUUGAAGUUCCUCAGCACUCUGUCCACCAUCGCCAACAUUGACCAGGAGAGCUACCGCUGCGACCUGAUUCAAGGAUGGAGCAUCACAGUAGACCUGGUGAUCGGGCCAAAGGGCAUCCGGCAAAUGACCAGCAAAGAAGCAAAGCCCACCUGCCUGGCCGAGUUCAAGCACAUCAAAUCCAUAAAGUGUUCAGCCGCAGAGGAAGGAAAAGCUCUCUUGCAGCUGGGACUGACGGGGAACCCCCAGUCCUUGGCGAUCAAAACAGCCUCUCUUGCCGAGGCGGAGAACAUGGCGGACUUGAUCGAUGGCUACUGCAGGCUGCAGGGGGGUUUGGACACCUCUCUCAUCGUCCGUCCCAACAGAGAGAAUGAUAAGAGGACCAGCCUGCCCCAGGUCCCAGUACAGCACAUAGAGGAGAGGAGGUCCAUGCUGAGAGAGAGCUUCAGUGGGGAUUCUGAUAUUUAUGCCGAAAUUCCAGAUGAAGCAUCCCGGCCGAAAUCUGGAGCUCAACAGUUCGUGAUCUCCCGGGAAGAUGUCGUCCUGGGCCGGAUCCUAGGGGAGGGUUUCUUCGGCGAGGUCUACGAGGGCAUUUACACCAAUGAGAGCGGAGACCGGGUCAGCGUGGCCGUCAAGACCUGCAAGAAGGACUGUACAGCUGAGAACAAGGAGAAGUUCAUGAGCGAAGCAGUGCUGAUGAAGAAAAUGGACCACCCCCACAUUGUGAAGCUCAUUGGCAUCACUGAGGAGGAACCCACCUGGAUUGUGAUGGAGCUCUACCCUUACGGAGAGCUGGGGCGCUACCUGGAGCAGAACAAGGCGUCGCUGAAGGUACAGACCCUCAUCCUCUACACCUUGCAGCUCGGCAAAGCCAUGGCCUACCUGGAAGCCAUCAACUGUGUGCACAGGGACAUCGCUGUCCGGAAUGUACUGGUGGCUUCUCACGAGUGCGUCAAACUGGGAGAUUUCGGGCUCUCCAGAUACAUUGAGGAUGACGAGUAUUACAAAGCCUCCGUGACUCGCCUGCCCAUCAAGUGGAUGGCCCCAGAGUCCAUCAACUUCCGCCGAUUCACCUCUGCCAGCGACGUGUGGAUGUUCGCCGUCUGCAUGUGGGAAAUCCUCAGCUACGGGAAGCAGCCCUUCUUCUGGCUGGAGAACAAGGACGUGAUCGCGGUGCUUGAGAAGGGAGACCGCCUGCCCAAGCCCGACGCCUGCCCUCCCAUCCUCUACGCACUGAUGACCCGCUGCUGGGAUUAUGACCCCAGCGACCGGCCCAAGUUCAAAGAGCUGGUCUGCAGCUUGAGUGACGUUUACCAGAUGGAGAAAGAGAUUGCACGGGAGCAAGAGAGGAACAACCGCCACCGGCCCCCCAAAAUUAUGGAGCCCCCCUCUUCGCAGGAACCCCCUCCAAAGCCAAGCAGACCAAAGUACAAGCCGCCCCCCCAGACCAACCUUCUGGCCCCCAAACUGCAAUUCCAGGUGCCCGAGGGUCUGUGUGCCAGCUCGCCAACGCUGACCAGCCCCAUCGAGUACCCGUCUCCCGUCAACUCCUUGCACACCCCGCCGCUCAACAGGCACAACGUCUUCAAGCGCCACAGCAUGAGGGUAAGACGGGGCUGGAGGGAAGCCUGGUGCCCGUUCUGCACUUGUAAAAACUCAACCAUUUCGUGUGGAAGCACUGUGGAACUCUCUGCCACUUGAUUUCGGGCAGGCGCC